AUGAAACUAGAGAAUUACAAGUUUUUGGAGAAAUUGGGCAACGGAACACAUGGCACGGUUUACCUUCUGGAAAGUAACGGGAAGAGACCAAAACUUGUCGUGUGCAAGUCGGUGUCAUCAAAAAAUCAGAAAUAUGCGGAAAACGAAAUAAAAAUCAUCAAAAACCUGUUUUACAAACGUGUUGUGCGUUUUUAUGAUUCGAUGGACAGCAGGAAUGGUGUGUACAUCAUGAUGGAGUACGCUAAUUACGGUGAUCUUGACAGGUUGAACUGUUUUAUGAGAGAAAAGAAUCUGAACGUGGACAGGAAUGUUAUCUGGUCUAUAUUCUCACAGCUUGUCGAUGCGCUUGCCUAUCUGCACCGCAACAGGAUAAUACACAGGGAUAUCAAGCCAGGUAACAUUUUGCUGAACAGAAUGAGAGGAAGGAAUUGCAGCUUUCUGCAAGUAAAGCUGUGCGAUUUCAGCCUAUCGAAGCAAUUGAACGACAGGGAAUCAGCGAAUCGUGACGGCAUGAUCGUCGGCACUCCGUACUACAUGGCACCUGAGAUCAUCCAGAAAAAGGAGUACAACUAUGGUGUGGAUGUGUGGAGCAUGGGCGUUGUGAUGUACGAACUAGUGGCUAAAAUGCGACCCUUCGAGUCGAUGUCAAAAAAAGAGCUGAAGAGACAAAUUGUGUUUCAGGAGAUACGGGUGCUGCCGAACUGCAGAGACUUCUUCCUCAAGAGAAUGAUCCUAGGGUGCCUCAAAAAGGAGAAUCGGGCGUCGGCAGAGGAGCUGAGACGGCUAGAAAGGGUAAAAUAUCAUUUAGUUAUUGCAGAACACAGAUUUAGGGCGUAUAGGUUGGAGAAACUUGAGAAAAAGAUCGACAAGAUGAGCAAGGACAAGGGUCUUGAACAAAAGAUUUGUUAA